AGUCUUAAUUUAACUUGACUAACAAAAUAAAAAUCAUAUUCUAAAGACUGCUCUAAAUGUAAUACACACUGUACGUCUUAAUUUUUACAGUCACUAAGCGUGAAAUUUCAUGCUAGUUGAAGAAAAUGUAUGUGAUAAUUCUCCAUGAAGGGCAAAAAAGAAUAUAUAUAAAUUCAAAAUACAACCAAGCCAUUCUAAUACAAAUUAGAUAAUGUAUCCACAACCAGCUAUCAAACGGCCGAAAACCGGGAGAGAAGUGAAAACUGAAUUUCUCGAAUUUUUUCCAGGGAUUCAUCGCAUCGAAUAUAAACCGGAUACGCCAUUCUCCUCCGAAAAUGGUUUAUUCUAUCGUUACUACAAUGCCUCUGAACGUAUUCACGGACGUACCAUGGAAGAUUGGCUGCGACCAGCAAUUUUUCUGGGAAAAGCCUUUACACCAAACCUUUACAGUUGUAUAAAACCGUGGAACGACAACUCUCAAACGCUCGAUAAUUAUAAGAAAGGUAUCAGGGCUAUGUUUGAACUCUGCAUAAAAUUAGGAGUAAAGUAUUGGGCAGGAUACGAUGGAGAUUUGGUUCCAGAAUCGGAAAAUUUUGAUGAAAAUCAAAAUAAUUUGGAGAUAAUUAUUAAUUUUGUACAGGAAUACCAACAAAAAACUGGCAUUAAACCUCUCUGGUUUGGCGCAGAUUUAAAAAAUAACUCAAGGUACGUCAAUGGGGCCUUUACAAAUUCUGAAGCUUCAAUUGUGACUUACGCUGGUUAUCAAGUAAAACAGGCAUUGCAAAUUGCAAACAAACUCGGAUCGGAGUGUUUUAUGCUUUCCCCAUUUCAAGAAAAUUACGGAAGUUUAUUAAACACGGAUUUAACAAAGGAAAUUAAACAUUUCGCGAAAUUUAUAAAAACUAUUUACGACCAGAAAGAAAAAAUAGGCUACAAUGGUCAAAUGUUAAUGCAAACAGUUCCUGAUGAAGGUGAAACGACUGGUAUAACACAGUACUGUAGAGAUUUUUUCAGUUGUACAAGUUUUUUGAAACAGUUCAACUUGGACAAAUACUUCAAAAUGAACGUAAAACCGGGGCAUGAAUUUCACAUGGCAAAAUUGUAUGGAUUACUAGGAAGUGUUGAUGUCAAGGAAAAGGAUUUGUUGGAUAUAAAGAGUGGCAUUUAUUUACUACGCACGGUUGUCGAAAAUGGGGGUAUGGCUCCUGGGGGUCUUACAUUUUAUCUCCCUUCGCACAAUGCACCUUUUGACCCAAAAGAUCUAAUAGAAGGAUAUAUUUCUGCUAUUGACAAUUACGCGAAAUCACUUAGAAUUGCAGUGAAACUUGUAAAUGACGCUCAGCUGAAUAAAAGUAUUCAGAUGCGCUACCUCAGUUUUUCUUCAGGUUGGGGGGCGCGUAUAGAUAAUUCUGACAUAUCACUGGACGAUUGUGAAGAACAAAUAAAAAAGCAAGAAAUUCAUAGUUUUCCACAACCGAUUUCUUCGCAUUACGAGCACUGUUUGAUGGUAGUCACGAGAUAUACUGACACAACAUUAAAAUUUAUGUAUUUUCUAGGAAUAUUUUUGAGAUCGAAAAGAGAGAUUAGAGGGCUGCGUAAACGGUAACAUAAAAAUAAAGUUUUAUAGAAGUAAUUAAACUUUUCAACAGAUUUAUUACAUAACAGUUAUAUUAUCAAGUAAACAAGUGGAGAUAAUACUGAAACUCAACAUUACCUAUGUUGUUAUAUCAAUUAAAUCUAAAUAACUUAAUAUUGAGAAUAAAAAUCAAGCACAAUAUACGUUAUAAAUAUUCCAUUAAUUAUAGUAUCAUUCCUCUGACAUUUACUUUUUAUAUUUUUAGGGUUCCGCACUUCAAAAACAAAAAGAAAGGGAACCUUUAGGAUCAUUUUUAUGUAAUUGCCAAAAAUUUCAGAUAUCACAUGUCAAAAAAACCCAUACGGCACUUCUAGUUGACAUAAGAACUUCAAAUAUACAUUUAAAAAAAGAUUUCAUUGAACAUUUUUGUAAAUAUUACAUAUAAAAAAUGUUGAGUGCUGUCAGCAUAGGGCAAGUAGUAUCACGCAAAUGAAAGUUCAAAUACAAUUU